AUGGUUCCUAAGAUCUUUCAAUCUAGUCGCCAGAAGGCAUUUAAGAAGAGUGAAACAAGUGAAUUACAGAAGGGAUUAGUUUCUCAAUAUGCAGGUGAGCGAAUUGACGCUGUCAAGAGGACAAUAGCGGCCAUGACCGUCGGUAAAGACGUCUCCAAUUUGUUUCCGGACGUGUUGAAGAAUUUAGCAACCCGAGACGUAACAUUGAAGAAAUUGGUGUAUUUGUAUUUGAUCAACUAUGCAAAGACGCAUCCCGAUUUGUGUAUUCUUGCCGUGAACACUUUCGUUAAAGAUUCAGAAGAAUAUAAUCCCACUGUUCGGGCUUUGGCAAUUCGAACCAUGGGUUGUAUACGUGUUACCAAAAUCAUUGACUACUUAGCACACCCUUUACGAAAAGCAUUAAAAGAUGAUCAUCCAUAUGUCCGCAAAACGGCUGCCGUAUGUGUUGUAAAAAUGUUCGAAUUAGACCCUGAAUAUUGUUCUUCCAAUGGUUUUAUAUCCCAACUUCAGGCAUUAGUUACGGACCCUAAUCCGGCCGUCGUUACUAAUGCAGUUAGAUCGCUUGCGGAAAUCCAUGAUUGUGAACCCGAAAAGGGUUAUUUCAAUUUGGUAUAUACAAUGACCGAUCGGUUGAUUGUAGCGUUGAGUGAAUGCAAUGAAUGGGGAAGAAUAACCAUUCUUUCCGCUCUCUCUCGAUUGCGUACCACCGACGUUAAAGAAGCGGAGUUUAUCUGUGAACGUGUUAUUCCUCAAUUUCAACAUGCCAACAGUGGUGUAGUGCUGGCUGCCGUGAAAGUGAUUAUGAUUCAUAUUUCAUUAUUUUCUGAAGAAUUUAGAACCCUUUUAUACAAAAAAAUGGCACCUCCUCUCCUUACACUUUUGUCCGCUGAUCCAGAAAUUCAGUAUGUUGCAUUGCGGAAUAUCAAUUUGAUCCUUCAAAAACAACCGGACGUUUUUGAGAGAGGCACUCGCGUCUUUUUCUGUAAAUAUAAUGAUCCUCUUUACAUCAAACUUGAGAAAUUGAAAAUUAUUACAAUGCUUGCAUGCGAGGAGAAUAUAAAUGAGACACUUUCUGAACUUCGUACUUAUGCUUCAGAAGUAGACCUAGAAUUUGUCAAACAGACAAUCAAGUCGUUGGGUGACGUUGCACUGAAGGUUCCGAGUAUUAUUAAUGAUUGUAUUGCUGUGUUUUUAGAGAUUUUUGAGGUUAACAUCAGCUACAUGGUUCAAGAAGUUAUGGUUGUUAUGGAGACAAUUUUACGACAAUAUCCUAAAAAGGUACAACUUUUGCUUCCUUAUCUUGAAAAAGUGCUAGAGGAACUUGGAGACCCUCGAGCUCGUGCCAGUAUGGCUUGGAUAUUGGGUGAAUUUUGCAAUUCUAUUGGUAACUCCACUCAGCUGCUUUAUGAGAUGGUGUCUUCUAUCUCCCAGGAAGAUUUACAGGUGCAGCUUGCUCUAUUAACAGCCACUGUCAAGUUGAAUCUUAUCAUGCGUAAUGGUGAAUCUGAAGCACUCUUGAAAAAAAUAUUUUCUUAUGCAACAAAUGUAUCUAGCAAUCAAGACUUGCGGGAUCGGGCUUUCAUGUAUCAGCGAUUAAUGACUUCCAAAAAUUUAGAUACGGCUACUUCUAUUGUUUGCUCGCAAAAACCCACUGUCGAACAUGAUACCAAGUUACCCAGGUUACUGUUGGAGACUUUACUUUCAGAAAUGACUACUCUUGCAUCUGUUUAUCACAAACUACCAGAGUCAUUCAUCGGCCAAGGAAAGUUUGGAGCAGAUGCUCUUCAACAACGUGCUGUUGAAGAGUUGAACGUUGACGAGGAAAACAACCAGACGGCAAUCGAAAAGGGAGCAAAUGUCGAGAAUUUACUAGAUCUUGAUUUUGGAGGUCAAGGCACUGCUACUCCUACUGAAUCUACAGCAUCGCCUUCUAUUUCUAAUAAUGCUUUAGAUUUAUUUAUGUCUGUCGAAUCUUCCGCGCCGAGCAAUCAGCCUCCAACAGCAGGUCACUCACGGUCUGCGACAGAAGAUCUUCUUGGUCUAUAA